AUGUCGGCAAAGGGGGCGACGUUAGGCGGAGUUGGUCUCCGGCGGAAAUUUUCAAACGAGGUAAGCAGCAUUCGGGAGCUGAGCGGGGAGCGAACAAGCAGGACAAAUUGUGCUCUGGAAGCGGUUGCGGAUGGAAACAUUCUUGUUGAAACAUCUGAUGAUGCAGCUCAGAACGGCAGAUACAGCAUUAAAUAUGUAAAAAGAGACACUCUGUCAUAUACUCUGUAUGUGAGCAUCACACAGCUGAAACAGUCUGACUCAGGACGGUACAGGUGCUCUUUGGAGAGAACUUUGCAUCCACAUGGAAACUCUGAUUUUGAGCUGAUUGUCACAGAAGCUUCAACCACUUCAACACCAAACGGGACUCUGAGACCUUUUUCAGCUUCAGUGUUUCUCUCAUCAGCCUCCACACCACCAACAGCACAGAGUUUAAGCUCAACUUCAGGAAGCUCCACACCUUCAUCAGCCUCCACACCACCAACAGCACAGAGUUUAAGCUCAACUUCAGGAAGCUCCACACCUUCAUCAGCCUCCUCUGAAACCAAACAUGCAGAUGUGCUGAUUUAUGUGGGUCUGAUUCUGCUCGUUAUGAUCGUCGUCUUAUCAGCAGCUCUGGUGAUUUGCUGCAUGAAGAGGAGGACCACUAAACCCAGAGGACCUCCUGUGGAAACAGAGUAUGCUGACACGCAGGCAGACAACCUCUGCUACGCUGAAGUGCAUUUUUCCCACAUUCCUGUCACCAGCAGCGCCCCCUGUGGUGAAGCAACUGAUGUUGUCUACUCAAUGCCUCAGGUGGACCUGAGUACUGCCAUCCACACCAAAGGUGCUUCACCUCCUCUGUACGCUACUGUUGCCUCACUAUGAAUUACAUCAGUAGUGUUUUUUUAAACCUGUCCUGCCC